AUAAUUUUUGAUUCAAUGAAAAAAUGUGUUUUUUUUAAAAUUUAUUUUGGUCUAAAAAUGGAUUUUUGCGAUUUAGGUCGAUGCUGUAGAUGUAUAAAUACAUAUUUUACCAGAAGGUUAAUAGUACGAUGACUUACAAAAAUUUCCAAGAAUAAUAAUUAAUUUAUGACCCUCAAGCCCCCUCUGAUAGUUGUGUCUAGGCGAAAAAAAUUGGUUAAAAUAUAAUUAACUAGGCUUCAAAAUAUUUUACUGGGUGACAUUCAUGUUGUCUUAUUUUUUAUAUUAAAUAAAGAACUGAUUACGCCAUUUUGGCGUAUGAUGGUUGAUACAUAUAAAUAUUAAAUGAUUAGUGAUGUAAAUAUUUGGGAAACACGUUUUUAGUUCAGAAAUAAUUUAUUGUAAACAUUUACCCGAUAUUUAUUUAUUUUACCUUCGAUGUGAAAUUGAGAAGGUAUUAAUUUUAACAUAAUUUGCAUUAAUUUUUUUGUCUAUCAUUUUUUGCUCAUGGUCUCUACGGUGACAUACACUGGGCUAAGAAUACUUCCAAUCUAUAAAAUGUUACACAGUAAUGAAAUUAGUGAAAUUUGUGUAUGACUGUGAAACAAUAAGUAGAAGGUUCAAAAAAAAAAAAGUACUAUACUAAGUAUAAUGUAUUUUUGAUAAAUAAAAAAUUGUUUUUUGUAGUAACUGACAAAUUAGAUUUCCUGGAUGGGAACAAUUUUAUUCUAAUGAUUUUCCAGUUUGAAGGGGAAUCUUAACUAAUAAAAUGGUAGCUAUUUCUGUAGUUAGGAUUUUGAGGUCAUCAUGUAGUUGGUUAUAAAUUAGGGAGCUUUUGAGAUAACCCGAAUAACAAUGCAUGGAAUGGCCUUAUAUUUGAUAUUUUCGUAGACUUUCAUAAUGGAAUGCCAUUAGAUGGGUUGGAGAAGUGACUUGAAUAAUAUUAUACGAGUCAGCCAAAAUAUCAAUUGUAUCUGGUUUGAUGCAACAACUAGACAAGUCCUAAUUUUCUAGAAAAUAACUUUUUAUUAAAUUUGUUAAAUAUAACUUUUCUACAUAAUUCAGUACAAAACGAGUUCUACUAUAAUUGUUAAUAAUUAUAUUUGUGGAUAUAUUUUGUAUAUUUUUUAAACUAUUAUUACUUUUAUCAUCCAUUUAUUUUUCGAUGAUAUUAACUGUAAAAAUUCUAAGGAAAUUAGUUAACAUUCAGUCCCUUGAAUCGUUUAUCAUAUCUCCCGAAAAUUUGUUAUUUUGAAGUUAGGAAAAUUGCUCUUUAGAUCGACAACAUUAAGUAUAUUAAACAAUUGAAUGUUGGAGUAAAUGAGAAGCCGCAGCAAGCGCAGGUGGUUUUUAAGUAGUUUGCGUUAAUUUUUUAAUGUGAAAUCUUAGCGAGCCUACGAUCUAAUAAGAGACCUAAGUAGUUUAUAGAGUUUUUGUGUACAAUAACUUCAUUAUUAAAAACAAGAUUGAACUAUCUUAUAGUCGAAGAGUAAAGGUUACGUAUAUUAUUUUGGUUAGUAUACUUUAAUUUUUCAAUUUUUACAUCACUGAAAAGGAUGUUUAAUAGUGAUUGAACUUGGUUGAAGACAAUUAAUGGAUUCAAGCUAACAGCUAGUAUGACCAUAUUAUCCGCAUAAAUUAUCUAAAGUACUAUUUAAUUUUAGGAUAUCUGUAUUGUAGAUUAUGUACUAGAAGAAAGCAAUGUCACUGUCUUAUGUAAUAUAGUCUAUCCUAUUAUCUUUGAAAGUGGAAGUAAAAUAUUUUUUUAAUAUUUAGUUUAAUUGUAAUUUCCUGAACUAUUGUUACUAGACUAGGAAGUAUAUAUUUUACUUAGUAGUGUUAUAGGAGAAAAGGUUCAUGGUUGAGUCAGUUAGGACCUAAAUGCUUUAUUUAUUUAUAAAACUAUUAAGGGAUACGACACUUGGGAACACAAACUCGUAUAUCAUAAAUAUUAAAGUGAGUAAAAAGUUCAAAUUUUAGGAUCAACAUUUAAAUUUCAAAUAUGUAUAGUUCGUUAAUAUUAAAUUAAUAUUAGGAAAUUAAUUAUACACCUUUCUGAAACAAUAUGUAGAAUAAUUUUUACUGAUAGCAAGUUUUUUUAGAAAUUAUGAUGACUUUUUAGUCUUAAACACGUACUACUAUAGUCUUUUGUUUGAAAAGAUGAAAAAUUAUUCAACUAGCCUCUAUUCAAGGUAUCAUCUCAUACCUCCACUUUUUUCAUCAAUGAGUACAACUUUGAAUAGGAUAAAUCAAACAGAAUAUUAACUUUUUUUAACUAAUUUUUUGUAGCAGUUAAUUUAUUUUGUAUCCUUAGCCUUCAAGAGACUGUACCUACAUUUAAACUACUUUAUAUUUGUAGGUCAGUAUGGUUAGUGUAGAUGACGCAAUAAAAUAUUACCUACUUAUUUCUUGACAAAAAAUGUUAAAAGCAAAAAUCAUUAAAAAAUGUAAACCAAAAUUACGUAUUACUCAUAGUUGUUCUACUUUUAAAGUAACGUUUACAAGUAAUUAUCUUAAUAAUAAUUGUUUAAAAUAACUGGGACAGCGGUAGUACCAAGUUUAAUAUAGUGAUGUCUUCUAUGUCGUAUUAUUUUGUGACAAUUGUAAGUUAUAGGAAUCGGACCUACCUACUAGUACUUAAUAACACGUCAAAUAUUACCGGGAUACGAUUUAAUAUGGAGAUGGCUUCCAAAAUCUGAGAUCUAGAAUGCGUUGUGCCAAUAAUGAUAUCCAACUAAUCGAGUUUUUUUCUCAAAAUUAUUUAAUUGUAUUUGAUGAGAUAUUAAUUGCAACUCAUUAUGAUGGGACUGUCACAUAUUAUUUCCUUGUUCUUUACAGUUUACUAUCGCAGUAAACAGUUAGAACCUUUACGAUGUGGUCGAUAACCGUGUUAUUACUAUUAUGUACCAAGAAUGUUUUUAUUAUAGCGGCUCCAAAAAACAUAUCAAGUCAAGAUUUAGAUAAAGAAGUGAAAAAUAAACAAUGGUCAUUCGAUACUAACAUUUUAAUUUGUAAACCAUGUGAAUGUGGAGUUGGUUAUCCAGGCUCACGGAUUGUUGGAGGAGCUGAAGCUAAAGAAAAUGAAUAUCCUUGGAUGGUGUCGUUAUGGAAUGCAAAAAAAAAAUUUUUCUGUGGUGGAUCAAUUAUAACUGAUCAAUAUGUUUUAACAGCUGCACAUUGCUUUAGUGAAGACCCAGCAUCCAAUUUUCGAGAAAUUUAUGUGAUGUUAGGUCACACUAAAAGACCCGAUAGAUUAAUACUUGGUUAUUCCAAUGUAAUCAAGGCUUCAUUAGUCAAACUUCAUCACAAUUAUGAUCCAGAGGGAAUUAGCAUUCAUGAUAACGACAUAGCUUUGGUUAAGUUGGCCAAACCAGUAAAAUUUGAUCAAACUUUACGAACAUUAUGUUUACCUAAAAAGAGGUUGGAUUAUAGCGGUUUAUCUGGUGUUGUAGCCGGAUGGGGACAAAUAAGUGAAACCAGCAGUACGUCUUUGAAUUUAAGACGUGCUACUGUACCAAUAUGGAGUGAAAAAGAUUGUUCAGUCAUUCCUGAAUAUGAAAAACCAGGAUACACGUCCAAUAUGUUAUGUGCAGGUUAUAAAAAUGGAGGCAUAGACUCUUGUCAGGGUGACAGCGGAGGACCACUCAUGGUUUAUGAUAACAACGAUAAAACAACAGUAGCAGGAAUUGUAUCAUGGGGUAUUGGAUGUGGGGCACCUAAACUUCCUGGAGUUUACACACGUGUUGAUAACUACAUAGAUUGGAUAAUGAAACACACUAAAGACAGUUGUCAUUGUUCAAAUUAAUUUUAGAACAGAUUAUUUUAAAAAUGAAAAUUGUUGUGUAAAAUAAAAAAAUAUAUAAGAAUAUUUAAGUUUUAAGUACUAAUCUAUAGUUAGUAGUAAUAAUACUAAUAAUAUAAUUGGAAAAUUGUUAGAUUAUAAACAGACAU